UCUAUUCUUUCUUUUGCUUCAAAUUAAGGCGGUUCCAAUCUUCUGCAAAUUAUUCCCGCCACCCCUUUCGUGCUCAAAUAAUUCCCCCACCGCGUCUCUCUCUGUUUCCACUUCCCUUCCCGAUAUCACUGGGCUCCACAGCGUUGAUACAGGCUUCUUCGAGAUGGCUUGUGCCUUAUAUUGCGGCUUGUGGUUAGAAUCUAGGAGGCCUUGGCGCCUCAGUGCAUGUUGAUCCUAUCAUGACUACUCAAAAGCUGAGCUGCUAUGAAAACUACAAGACAGAAAAAAGGGAAAACAGUGGAGGCUUCUAAAACGCACAUUGCAACUACAGGUUUCUCAGGAGUCCAGAAAUCUAGGAAGCGAAAUAGUGGGGGGCAUCAGAAAACAACAGGGGAGUGUGAAUAUGUUUUGACUGGAGAAGAUCCAGGUAAUUUACCUUUUAGUUCUGCUCAAGUGUUGGGUGGUAAGCAGCUUCCAAACAGAGUUACAUCUAUUGGAGAAACAACUAAAACUGUACCUGCAUUGGAGCUUAAGGCUGGACAACUACAUCCUUCUCUAAAGAUUAAGCUGCAGCUUUUCCCGAUAGAUGAAUGCACUCGUUUAGGAUUGGAGAAGGAUGGUCAUAAUCCAUUUUUGGAACUCACUUUGAGUGCUCGGAAGAAGAUAUCCUCUGUGCUGAAGCACCUCAAUAACAAAUGGGGCAGUUCAAGCGUAGCUCAAGGGGACCCUGUGCUUUUCCCAUACAAUGUACAGUUGGAGAAUUUAGCUAGUUGCAGAAGAUGGAGUUUGAAUGACUGUGGCAUUAGUGCGGGAGAUGUCCAUGAAGCUAUAGAAAGUCCCGUUAUUUUUCGCUUAAGGUAUGGCUGGUUCUCUAAUGUUGAGCUCGAAACCUUCGUGGUGCCUUCUUCAUCUAUGCCUUUGGAGGUUUGUUUAGAAUCUAAAGGAAUCAAUAGAAGUUGCAGUACAAUUUUGGAGAUUAUGCAUGACAGAAAGAAUAAACUUGAGGAUGAUGAAGUUAAGAUUGAGGAUAGUCUUGCACAAUCAACAGUUCCAUGGGAUGACAGUCUGACUAACUUGAGCAUUGGAGGCCUGCUGUCUGAAGCAUCUUUGCAGGGAAAAAUCAAUAAUUGUGAUCCAGAGUCAAAUGGGUGCAAAUCAGACUUGCAUCCAACUAAGGAUAAGGGCCCUGUACAAUCACUACUGCCAUGGGAUGAUAGCCUAACUACCUUAAGCAUUGGAGGUCUGCUGUCUGAAGCAUCAUUGCAGGGCAAGAUCAAUACUGGGGAUCCAAAAUCAGAUGGGAGCAGAUCAGGGUUUCAGCCAACUGUAUCGAUCUCCGAUUCUUUUGAUGCUUUUAUUGCUGGCCAAAUAAAUUCACAUCCUCAAGUUUUAAAGCCAUCAUCACAUGAAUUACACUCAUCUAUCUUGGACGCCGAAGAGACAUGUCAUGCAUUUUUUUUCCGGAACUUCUCUUCGUCAGCCAAAGAUGUUGUGGGUUUCGGUGGAAGUGCUAAUUCAAGGGGCAGCAACCAUGAUGGUAGUCCAAAGCCAUUCAAAUUUCCCAAUUUUGCUGAGCUCAAGAACCAAACCGGGCUAGUGCAAGAUUCUCCCUUUCAGGAAUCCAAUACAGAUUUGACACCUCGUUCACGAGUAUAUAAUGACGAAAGCAGCCUUGGGCUAACUGGAAUCAAAUGGAACGACUCUUUGGGACCAUUCGAUCUUGGCCCAUCCACCUCACCUCAGAUCACCAGUGAAGAUAGUUUCAGUAGCAUCGGUGGAUUUGUUAGAUAGCAGCAGUUUCUGUGCACUUCAAUGCUCUGCCUGUUUAAGACACAUUUUCCUACAUUUUACCAAUGAGCAAAUCUAGAAAUUGUGGAGCAAAUGAGUGAAUAAAGCUGAAUCUAAUGCACCUCAAGUGCAAUUGAUAUCAUUUGUGGAGGGGUCACUUUGUGCAGCAUUUUGAUCUGCCUGGUCUGUUAGUUAAAAAAAACAAGUUAUUUUUUAUUUUUUAUUUUUACAUUUGGAAGACUUUGUUGAGUUGAGUCUAGAGAUUGCUUAUUGCAUUAUUAUUGCAACCUGAUUGCAUUUCUUUCGUUC